AUGGCCGUCCUCCUCCGCGGCACCUCCGCCGCCGCCACGGCCGCUGGCCCCUCCUCAGCGCUGCUCGCCACCACCUUCCGCCGCUCCCGCGGCCGCCUUCUGCCCCGUGCUGCGCCGCAGCGCCGCUUGUAUGUGGCCCGCGCCUCGGCCCAGCCGCUCGAGGUCUGCGCUAAGGAGUCCAUCACCGUCCCUGGCCGCCUCGGAGACUGUCCUUUCACACAGAGGGUUUUGUUGACUAUAGAGGAGAAGCAUCUGCCUUAUGAACUGAAGCUAGUUGAUCUAGCUAAUAAGCCGGAUUGGUUAUUUGAAAUCAACCCAGAAGGUAAAGUGCCUAUCGUGAAGCUUGACGAAAAAUGGAUUGGUGAUUCUGAUGUUAUAACACAAACAUUAGAGGAGAAGUACCCUGAACCACUCUUGGCAACUCCACCAGAAAAAGCUUCAGUUGGGUCAAAAAUAUUUUCCACUUUCAUUGGUUUCCUCAAAAGCAAAGAUCCAAGCGAUGGAACAGAAGAGGCACUAUUUAAUGAGCUUACUUCAUUUGAUAGUUAUCUAAAAGACAAUGGUCCAUUUAUUAAUGGCGGAACAAUUUCUGCCGCUGAUCUCUCUCUGGGCCCUAAACUAUAUCACAUGGAGAUAGCUCUGGGCCACUAUAAGAAUUGGUCUGUUCCAGAUUCACUUUCUCAUGUAAAAACAUACAUGAAGUCGAUUUUCUCAAUGGAUUCUUUUGUCAAAACUCAAGCUCUGCCUGAGGAUGUAAUUGCUGGAUGGCGCCCAAAAGUCAUGGGUUAA